AUGAAGUUCGGCAGUGUGCUGCUCAUGGCCGUCGUGGCCCAGGCGACAUUCACACCCGGCUUGAACUCAUCUUCUCUGACGACCCUUAUCACGAGAGUCCCCCAAUGCGCGAUGGCAUGCCUCAUCGACGGGUACCACUCCACCAACUGCCCCAUUGACAAGUUAGCAGACUGCGUCUGCACAGACAUCCCAUUGCAGGCGCGCAGUUCGCAGUGUGUACAGCUGUCAUGCGGCUUCAACGACCAAAUCGCUACCGUCAACGUUACCCAAGAGCUGUGCAAGGGCUACCCCAAUGAACCGCGGGAACGACCCGCCAAGUUCUUGUCCGUCGGCCUUCCUACCAUGACUCUGGCGCUCCUCGCAGUAAUAUCGGGUCUCGGCUACGCAAAUGAAGACUUGGGAUUCGGACACCACUACUGGAACAUCGACCCCGGGAACAGCAAGACGAUCUUGCAGAUCAUCUAUGUAUUGCAAAUGCUCUACAUUUUUGUACAAGCAUUUGCCAAAAUUUCCAUUGCUUGCUUCUACUCUCGCGUCUUCGCUAGCAAGACCUUCCGCCUGAAGACAAAUAUCUUCAUGAUCUUCCUUACAACACGCAGCUUUCUGUUCUUACUUCUUAUCAUCUUCCAAUGUACUCCGAUCCAGUCCAUCUGGAACCGAGCCAUCCCGAGCCAGUGCCUUAAUAUUUCAGCUAUUAGUAACGGCGGCGCGGCAAAGAAGAAGGCCGCUUUGUUCGGCAUGUUCGCCCUGGGCUCCUUUGCAUGUAUUGCCAGUUUGAUCCGACUGAAAUAUAUGGUCACGUUUGCUCAUUCUUUUGACCCUACUUGGGACUACGUGGACGUCGUCGACUGGUCUUCCCUCGAGCUCAACGCCGCCGUCAUGUGCGGCAGCCUCCCAGCCCUCCGACCCCUCUUCAUCAAAGCGCGAACCCUCGUGUCUGCCAUCAAGCUGUCCUCCGGGAGCGGCGGGAAUACGUCCACCAGCGGCAAGCUUGAUCAGCACCAGCAACGGCAUGGUUUCGCGGCGGCCAACAUCGCACCGCGCCCUUCGAGGUCCCGCCAGGCCAGCUCCCGGUCGUGGCCCGCGGACGCGGACGCGGACCAGAAGCCCAUCAGGCUAGACUCCCUUGAAAUCGAGUCGGCGGCGAGCGACAGCAAAUCUGCCCACUACUACCGAGAGACGGCGAUCGAGGGGAGCGGUAGCGAUUUGGACAGCGGACCGUGGUCGGCGGGUGCUGCCUCGGUGUCGUUUGAUGAGGAACAGAUAAGAGGCCCGGGUAUCAGAAAAUAG